UAUCAAACUUAUUCAGAUAAACUAUGAUUCAUUAAAAGAAAAAGAGGUUUGUUAGGAUUUUUAACAGCACGAAUACGCAAAAAAAAUGCAUGUUAGCAUCUACUAAACAAAUUCUUCUUAUAAUUGAAUUCAUUUUUUGUUUUAAUUAAUAGAUAUUUCUUUUUUAAUCAUCUAGCCAACAAUUCAUCUAUUAAAAACAGCUUUGAAAAAUGUUCAAGAUGAAAAAGAAACAUUACAAACAAAAAUAGAUGAACUUACACGUGAACUCAAUGAUGUUAAAGGCGAUUUAUCAAUUUUUCGUCAAAAACGUCAUCGAACUCGUAUUAAUAGUACACAAAAAGAUCAUGAUGAUAAAGAACUUAAUAAUCAUAAUGAAGAACAAACAAUAUUAUUAAAACGUUUAGAACAAUCUAAUGAACGAAUCAAUCAACUUGAUAAUGAUUUAAAAAUAAUUGUUUGUCAAAAAGAAGAACUUGAAAUUGAACGUGAUUCAUUUAAAACAAAAUAUAGUAAAUUAAAUCAAGAAUUAAAUAAAAUUUUAAAUGGUAAUGAAAAACAUAUUGUUGAUAUUGAACUUGUUCUAUCCGAAAAUCGAUAUUUAAAAGAAAAAAUAAAUGAAUUAAUACAAGAAAAAAAUCUUCUCGCAGCUAAUACUGCUAAAUAUAAAGAUCUUUUACAAACACAUCGUUCGGCAUAUAAUCGUUUAGGAAAAGUACAAUCUUCAGGAAAUAUAUUAACUAAUAAACAAGUUCGAAGUCUAAUAAAUCAAAGUUACCUUGUUCCAAAUACAGCAGAUACUGAACAAGAUUUACGAUCAAUUGCAGAAGCUUUAUAUGAAAAUAUAAAAGAUAAAAAUAUAACAAUUAUUCAUCAAAGAAAAACAAAUAAAAUAUUAGCUAAUCGUGUAGCAGAAUUAGAAAAACUUCUUGCUGAAAGUAAUCUUGCUUCGAAAUCUGAUCAAACAAGUUCACUUAUAAAUUUACUCGAUCGAUCACCAACUCCAACUAUUUCCGAUAGUGCAACAUCUGAAUUUGUGAAUAGUAUUGAUGAAUUACAACAACCAUCACCAACUCAAAUAAUAAGUUUUUCUCAAACAUGGCCAACAUCAUCUUCAUCAUCAGCAUCAAUACGAACAUCUGAAGAUGAUUUUAAUAAUAAAAUAAAAACAAUAAAACAUACUCCAACAGCAAUUAAAAGUACACUUGAAUGUCAUCAAUCAACAAAACUUCGAAGUAAAUCAGAAAGUAUCGAUUUAGAAAUGGAUGAUCCAUUACAAUUAACUUCUUUAACAUCAUCAAUAGCUUAUUUAGAAGAAAGAGAUCUUAUUCCACCUACAACACCAGAUUCCGAUCAUCAUUCAUCAAAUCAAGAAGAUAUUGAACAAUUACAACAACUUCUUAAUACGGCUAUAGAUAAAAAUACAACAUGA